GUUUACAUAUUCAGCGUUGCAUUUAGCUUCUUGAACAAGCCACUCAAAGUUGAGCAAGUUUAGGGCUUAGUAAAAAGGAUUGUUUCCGAAUGACAGUAUACAUCCAACCAACUUACAACUCACAAUAAAUGGUUAUGAUUCUAUAACUCACACUUUAAACUGUUCUCCUGAAUACCACCAAACUCCUGUUCGAUACACAUUUGAACAGUUUCUUUUUUGUGUACCAAUGGAAGACGAUAUUCUGCAUCUUGCAAAAAAAUAUAUUGGUGAUUCAUAUGUUAAAAGAUGGCGAGAAAGAUCAAGUAGAAAGAAAAAGAAGCUGACCGCUGUACUAGAUCAAGGACGUCUUCCAACUAUUGGCUUUUCUGAAACAGACAUUGAAGCAUUACUUCUUCAAAUAUCAUCAUUCGAUUCAAAUAAUUGGGAGAAUUCUGUCGGUGUUGGAGAACGAGAAGGACGUGUACUUGUGGAUUUUAUACGUCGUCGUCAUUAUGGAUUUACUCAUGGAAUUGGACGAUCGGGUGAUGUAACUGCAAUUCAACCAAAAGCACGUGGUUCAAGUCUUAUUUGUCGAUUAACUAAUCAGCUAUUAUUGGACUGGUUAAAAAGAUCAGGAUCACCAAGUACAACUGGUUGUUUUCUUGUACCAAUGGCUACUGGCAUGUCAUUGACAUUAUGUUUGUUAGCAAUGAAAAAACGUCGUCCAUAUGGAGCUAAUUUUGUUUUAUGGUCUCGUAUUGAUCAGAAAUCAUGUUUCAAAUGUAUGAUUGCUGCAGGCCUUAUUCCUGUUCCAAUUGAAUUAAUCAACGAUCCAUCAAAUGAUCAACUUUGUACAAAUCUUGAUGCUUUAGAAUUGGCAUUACAAAAUCCUGCAAAAUAUUUAUUCGAUCAUUGGCCAAAUGCUGCUAAAAUGUAUCAUGUAAAUGAGAAAUUAAUUGAAACGUCAACAUCCAAUAAUAUUGUAUGCAUAUUUACAACGACUAAUUGUUUUGCACCACGAAUUCCUGAUAAAUUACAUGCAGUCACAAAAUUAUGCAUUAAAUAUGGUGUAUCCCAUUUGAUUAAUAAUGCAUACGGUGUACAAUCACCACGAUGUAUGCGUAUGAUUGAAUCUGCCGGGAAAUUGAUCAUUGAACAUAACAAUUUAAACAAAUCAAAUUUAAACACACAACCGAUUGAUUUAUUAUACGUACAAAGUACGGAUAAAAAUUUAAUGAUACCAGUUGGUGGUGCUAUAAUUGCAGGAUUUUGUACGGAUUUAAUUGAUUCAGUGGCAAAACUUUAUCCAGGUCGAGCUUCCGGUACACCAACAUUAGAUGUAUUCGCCACGCUACUUUAUCUUGGUAAUAAAGGUUGGGAUGAUUUAAUUCAAUGUCAGGCUGUAUGUUUCAAAAAACUACAUAAUGGAUUACAGCAGUUAAGUGAAAAAUUUAAUUUAAAAUUACUCGAUACUACUUCUAAUCCAAUUUCAUUGGCUUUAAGCUUAGAAAAUCUUCUUCCUAAAAUACUUACUACUAAUACUGCUACUACUACUACUACCAGUACCACUACUAAUACUGAUGAAAAUGCUGAAAAAAACACAAUCGUAGAGAAUAAUUGGAAUAAAGAAACUUUUAAUCAGUUGACACAAAUCGGUGCUAAUUUAUUCACUCAAGGAUGUUCUGGUAUAAGAGUUGUUCUACCAGCAUCUAUGCAACGCCCUAUUCAAUUAGAUGCAUAUGAAUUUCAAGGUUUCAAUUCACACAGUUCAACAUCUAAAAUACCAUAUUUAAAUGUAGCAGCUGCAAUUGGUCAAAAAGAAUGCGAAAUUAAUCUGUUUCUACAAAAACUUGAUAAAAGUUUACAACAUUUUAUUUCAAUGAAAUCUAAUAUGAAUUCAAUGAACUCGUUACACAGUACUACACUUAAUGGUGAUAUAAAUGAGGAUGAGGAUGAUGAUAAUGAUCUUUUGUAAGAAGAAUAGUUAACAGUUGUUGUUGUUUUUGUUAGCUAAUGUGAUUAUUUCUGUUCAAUGUGUUCAAUUGUACAUAAUUUUUUUUGGCGCCUUUUUUCAUUGGACACGUUACUGAUUUUCUCGUUUUAUUCUCCAUUGUCAUAUAUUACUGAUUGUUUGUUUGUUUGUUUUGUAGAUGAUAUAUUCAUUUCAGUAGUAUUAUUUUUUUAUUUCUGUUAUUUUUUUCGGAUGUUUAUGAUUUGAUUUCUGUUUUUUGUUUUGUUUUGUUCACCUAUUUUCGCUCACCUUGUUGCAUUUCAAUUCAUCGUUAAAUUAAGUAUGGGCGUUGACAUAUAAAAGAAAGCAUAAACCCUACCUAUAUAUUUAUAUUCAUCUCGAGUAAUGUACAUAAAUGAUCAUCAUUAUAGAUUCAUUGAAAUUUUGGUGUCUGUGUUUUUAUUUUACUUCAUAAUUACUGAGUUGGAAUUAUUGCCCUUAAGCAUUUUUUUGUUCUGCACUUGAUACGAUACAUAAAAAAGUAAAGAGUCUAAGAGUCUAAUUUCAAAAUUGUUCUUGUUCGUGAAAUACCAAUAUAGACAGUUGUCAAAGUAACUUGGUAGUGUUAUACUUUUUUUUUAUAUGGGUGUGGUAUUUUAUUCUGUGAAUAUCGAAAGACUAGGUCAUCUUUGUUGUCAUUUGUUGUAUGUCGAAUAUGAUCUUUUGUGUGUGUUGAAUGUUCAAGUGAUUAGACAAGAUAAAUAAAGAAUAAUAACUAGACCAUUUCUUUUGUUGUUUGGUUCACAAC